AUGGCACAUAUGAUAACAAUAUAUAUCAGUUUCUUAAUAAUUAUACUAAUAUAUUCAAUUUUCUUGCUCCGACCAUUGUUUGAUAAUUUCGAAGAUUCAACUUUACACAAAGAGUUUAGGUCAUCCAAUCGCACACUUAGCUUUGACCAUAUUUAUGUUAUCCAUCUCGAUCAUAGAACGGAUAGACUUGAAAAAUUAAAUGAACUAUCAUCCUACCUUGGAUUAGACCUUGAUUAUUUUACUGCCGUUUCAAGAUAUAAUGAACGAUUUCUCCGCAAAUUUGGCACCGGAAAUAUGAACCCCUCUCAAAAAGCUUGUUAUUUAAGCCAUCAUUUAAUCUAUAGACAAAUAAUUGAUAAAGGCUAUAAGAGCGCCUUAAUUUUAGAAGAUGAUGUAGACUUUGAACUCAACAUUACUGCUAUUAUGGCUGAUAUUCAUCAUGAACUACCUCUUUUUUGGGAUGUUUUAUACGUAGGUCAUUGCAAUGAACGUAAAGGUGAACUCGUUGGAAACAGCUCGUAUGCCCAUAAAUUAUAUAAGUCUAUGCGGCCCGCAUGUAUGCAUGCUUAUGCCGUUUCGUAUUUUGGUGUUCGCAAGUUAGUUGAAAUGCUUGAUCCUGUAGUUCCAAUUACGGCGAUUGAUAAUUCUCUUCCAGAUUUAAUUUCAAACAAGAAAGUCACUUCAUAUAGUGUUCAUCCACAAGCUAUUGCGCAAUGGAAAGCUGCUGACAAUCCAUCUGAUAUCCCUACAUCAUGGUCAACACACCAUAGUUUAUUGAAUUCAACUUUACACUUUCUUGGGUAUAAGGGGGAUAAUGGCAUUGGUAAAUAA